AUGGGUAAUCAAGACGAAGAACAGCUACUAGAGGAUGCAUCAACGUUGUUGAUGUUUGCCAGUGCUGCUGCACACCAACGCUCUCCAACAGAGUCAGCGGCAUCACCACCACCACCACCACAACAACAACAAAUAGCAAGUCAACAAGAAGUGCCGUCGCACAUAGUCACCAUAUCAACGUCAAGCCAAUCACAAAAUGUUCAACAACAAGAUCCAGCUCCGAAGCGAAGCUCUAUACGUAGUUUGAUGAAUGUCGAUCCCGAGCCAGAACCGGAAAUCAAACUAGAAUCAAUGCCUUCACGCAAAACUGCCUCGCCUCCCUCUAACUUACCAAAGCAAGGUGUGUUCAAAAGGGCACACGAGAGAAGCCGAUCAACACCAGAUGGGCAAAAACUUAUGAGUCCAACUUAUGAACGUGGAAUAGAUUUGAGGAAAGGAGAAAGAGAUGGAAAUAAUGCAGUACUUGCUGCUGCUGCAUUGACUGCCGCGGCUGAUAUACCAUUCCCAUUAAAACAGGUUGAGAAUCUGAGGAUACCACCCUUGGAGACAUAUCAAGUAGAUCAAGACUCGGGAAUCAUUGGGUGUAUAUGUGGAAUCGAAGAUGACGAUGGGUUUACCAUUCAAUGUGAUAUAUGUUUCCGGUGGCAGCACUGUGUAUGCAUGGGGUACGAAAAUGGAGAAGAGGUUCCAGAAGAUGAGUACAAGUGCUAUUUUUGUGAUCAACAAAAAUGGAACAAGUUUGAUCCAAACAUUGCCAGAGAAAAGACAUUGGCUAGGUUAAAUGCUGAACGAUUAGAACAGGAAAAAAAAGAGAAGGCAGCAAUAGAGGAAAAGAUGAAAGAAGCAAAAGUUGAGAAUAACAAGAGAAAACACCUGAGCUCUGACAAGGGUGAGAAAAAGAGAAAGACAGAGGAGAAGGUGGAAGUUAAGGAGGAAGAACCUCAAGAAGUGAAUGAGGAUUUACCGAAUAAGGAUAAUGAGCUAUUGGAAGAAGGAGUGGUUGCUGAACCCUACCAAUCUGUGUAUUACCAACUACGAGAAAACGACUACAAAAGGGAGGGUGUACGGAAGUUUCUUUCCAAUUGUGGCACCGAGUUUUACAAAGAGUACGUUAAUUUGCCAAAAGAGAAGGUAGAGAAGUUGAAUGUCGUGGUGAUGUCUGAAAAUGAAUUUAAGUCACUUCAGAAAAGCAGAUUGAUUCGACCAAAGUUGGCAAAGUAUUUUCAAGACAAUAAUCGAUUUGAAAAGAAAAAGAAUUACAACAACACCAAGAUAGAAGUUAAACUGUACACCGAUAACCAGAAGCAAAGGUUUAACGGGAUUUCAAAACUUUCGUUGUUUAUAAGCACAGCAGACGAGUCACUUGUUAUACCAGAAGGCACACCAAUUAUUGAAUAUUUGGGAGAAAUUGAUUUUUUCACAGACUAUUGUAACGACAAGAUUAAUCAAUACCCACUUUGGGGGACCACUAAACCAAAAGUUUUGAAGUCCGCGGUCUUGUCAAAAGAUCAGCAACCAGUUGAACUUGUCAUUGAUUCAAGGUUUGUUGGCGAUGAAAGUCGUUUUAUCCGAAAAUCGUGUUUGUCGUCAGCAAAUUGUAAAAUACGCCCAGUGUAUAUCCCAAAUACAAACACAUUCAAGUUUCUUGUGGUGACAUCGAAACCGAUUGUAUUGAAGGGUGAAAAUUCUGAUGAAGAAUUGCGUUUACCUUGGGAAUGGGAUCCAGAUCAUCCGAUAUUGAGACUUUAUGAAGACAGCACUGAAAAAUUUGAAAACUUGACUAGUGAUGCCAAAUCAGCCUUGAUUGCCUAUGUUGAUACUAUUUUACAAUUUGUCGAAUGUGGCUGUUCCACAAAUUCCAACUACAACAAUUGUGCCAUUUUCAAGAUCAAGAAGGCCACUAGUUAUUUGAUGAGAUCAACACGAAAAGCUGCCAUAAUGAACAACACUGGUGCCAAAACUAAGGAAGAGCUAGUUUUGCCACGUCCAAAUAGACAGUUUGUCAGUUGGAAAGAGAGAAUGAUUGAACGGGAUAGACAAUUACAGGAAAAGCUACUACGGAAAGUUGAUCAAGCUAUGAAAGUGGAGGCUAAUGAACCACAACCCAAAGUCAAACCUAAAGUGUUGUUUAAGGUACCUUUCAAGCAGGAAUUGUUAAUGCGUACCUGCCAACAAGCGCAACCCAUGGUGCAAGUAACGACUGAGACGGAAGAAGCCGAUGAUACUACUUCAAGCGUCGACGACCUAGCAAUUCCUAUCAUGCCAGAACUUGUAACUAGUAUUGAAUUGCAAGUUUGUCAGGAAUUGCAUUUGAAUGAAGGUGAAGUCAACGAUAAUGCAAAGAAAGGUGAUGAGGUACGUCCGUUGAGUCGUAAGCAUCUGCAAGUGCAAAUACAUUCUUCGAAGGAACGUAGAAGGUCGACAACGGAAGAAACCAAACCGACAAAGAAGUUGUCGCUUGCUGAGUAUAUCAAGGCAAAGACGUAG